AUGAUCGCAAAGAUUUUUGUUCUUUUCGCCCUCGUGGCAGCUGCCAGUGCUUCCGAUUACUCCGCCUUCUCUUACGGAGUGGCCGACCCCUACACCGGUGACUUCAAGAACCAGAUCGAGCGCCGCGCCGGUGGCAAUGUGCUGGGCCAGUACUCGCUCCUCGAGUCCGACGGAACACGCAGGACCGUCGACUACGCCGCCGGCGCCCAGGGCUUCAACGCCGUCGUCAGGAAGGACCCUGCCUUGAUCCCGGCUGCCCGCAUCGCCUAUGCCGCUCCAGCUUACGGCUACAACUACCUCAACGCCUACAACCUAGGCAGAUUCGGCGGUUACGGAUUUGCCGCUCCCUUUGGCUACAGACGAUUCUUC